AAGACUUUUUUCAAAUUUAUUGGGAAUAUUUGUGAAGGAAAUAACAUUUCAAUUCGAUCACUCGCAACAAUAACUUCUGAUAAAAAUCGUGCAAUCAAAGAAAAUAAAAAUUGGACGUGUUUAAUUAGAUUUAAAGUGAAAUAUAAAACGAAGAAAAAAAAUUUCUAGAGGAGAAAAAAUAAAUACAAAUACGAAAACAAACAUCUAUAAGGAGUUAAUAUCAAAAAAGAAUUUGUCAUGGAUCUGCCAAUACAAUUGAUUGUUAAGGUUCAACAGUUUGAGGAUAAGCGAAUCGAGGCAAAGGCUUCAUGGAAUAUUAAAGAGCUGAAAGGGAAGCUCAGUGAAAUUUAUCCAACAAGUACAGAAGAACAGAAACUAAUUUAUUCGGGAAAACUUUUAAACGACACGGUUGUUUUAAAAGACGUACUACGUGAAUACGAAGGACAAGAAGCCCAUACUGUUCAUUUGGUUUUCACACCUAAGUCUGGUCGUAACCAUUCAAAAUUCGACACUCAAAGUGCGAGGCAAUCAUCGAUAUUGAACAGCAAUUCCCAAAGUACGACUCCAAUGGCAGACAUGACAACAAACGAAUUACGGCAAAGAAAUGUCUCAUCAUCAACAACACCAUCGUCAAAUCUGAAUCAAGAUCAACAGAAUCCAAAUUUGAUGAACAUUCCCAGUAAUUACCUAAAUGCCUUCUAUGGAUCUGCAAGUGGUCAGAAUGACACGAAUAGUCAAAUCUUAGCUCAACAGUAUGCAAUGCAAACAUGGAUGCAACAAGCUUACGCUCAAUAUAUGAACCAGUAUAUGAACCUACUUUCAUCACCAGAGGCAUUUUAUCAGCAACAACAACAGCAAUCACAUCAACAAUAUCCACACAACUUUACAUUUCUACCGCCUCAAAUGCCUUUUGUUACGCCAUCAACAAUUCUUAAUGAAGCUUCAUCGUCUCAACAACCAUCUAAUGAUAACGAGGCAUCAACAACAGCAGCUGCAGCUGCUGCUGCUCAACAACAACAGCAACCACAACAACCAGCAGCUGAAGCACCACAAAGACGAUUCCCAAACAUCAUUCAAGAUGAGCAAGAGAAUCGUGAUUGGCUUGACAUUCUUUAUUCAAUGUCACGACUUAUGAUUCUCUUGUGUUUGGUUUACUUUUAUUCGUCGCCAAUUCGAUGUCUUGUUGUCAUCCUAAUAGGCAUUUCAAUUUACUUGUAUCAUAUUUACAAGCAAAAUCAAACUCGUUUGAAUAAUAACAACAGUACAAGAGUCAACCUUAAUGUUAAUAGACCAGUCCCAGUUCAACAGCCUGCAGCGGAAGUAGAAGGUCAAGAAAAUGCGGGAAAUGAUGAAAGAACUGAAACAGAUGGUGGAUCGUCAGAGAAUUCUUCGGUGCAACAAAGGCAAGGUGAUAAUGAAGCUGAGUCAAUGAUGAAUUCAAAUCAUGAAGCAACAGCGGCACAACCUGAGCCUCAAGUUCCUGUCUUAACUAUUGUAAGAACAUUCGUACUUUCGUUUUUCUCAUCAAUCAUCCCUGAAGCACCGGCAUUGUGAACAAACAUCGCAAUGUUUGCAGCCAUGUACAUUGUUUCUUACGUCAUUUUGCUUGUUUUCAAAAGAUUUUAUAAUGCACCAUGAAUCUUUAAUAUUUAAUAAUGAAUUAAAAGAAGGAAACAAAAAUUAAUUAAUAUAAAUUCUCUACAAUCAAAAACAUGUUUAGGUGCAUAACGUUAGUUUUGGAAGAUUAAUUAAGUUAUUGAAGCGGUUUCUUGAAGCCAGUAUAUGACCCUAAACGGCUGUUGGAUAUUCGUAAGCCUUUUUUCUAUUCAUUUGUAAUUUUUUGUAUAUUGGGGACAAUAUCAAAUACCAAACAGGUUUUGUUCGUUUGUACUUUGUUUUUCUGACUAACCUGAGGCAGUUUUUAUGGUGUUAAAGAUUUUCUGAAACACUCGCUUAGAUCCCAAUGUCGUUUGAAAUUGCUGUAAAACUGUAAAAAAAUUUAAUCAUUGAUUCUUCCUUUAACAUAAAAAAUAAAAUUUUUCUGUUUUUGCUUUGUUAUGUUACGGAUCUAAUCCCAUGAAAAGCUGAUAAUAAAUGAAAUUUAAGUUAAGAAAGAAAUUUAUCUGAGAGAAAGAAAGGAGAAUAUUGGAAACUGUGUUAGAUAGAAGUACAUAAUAAAACGUUGAUAAUAUUAUCGAUAUUCGCGACCUUAUUAUUCGACUUUAUAUUUCUGUGUAAAGAAAAGGAAAAAUGUAAUAAAACUUUAUCAUUGAUUUAUUCUAGAAUUA